UGAAUCAAAGACAAAAAAGGUAGCAUGACAUCCGCGAUCGCGCGAGGAUUAGGAACCCAAACUAAAGGGCCAAAGACAAACUGACAAUCAUUCAGACGUUUUGAAUGCUGAAACAGUCUGAGCGCCUAGCUCGUGCACGUCGCUGUGAGCGGUAGUCCGUUGUCGCUGCGCUGUGAGUCGCUCCUCUGCAGCUAGCUAGCUUGUGUGAUAGUCCGAUUUUCAACGUGAGUGAGAUUUUAUACGUUUAUUCUUAUCACAGUAGCGGCUUGUAGUGUCAGAUGAGGACGCAUCACCGACGAGCCCGUACUGUGCUGGCAAGGCGGUUUCAAAAAUAAUGCGAGCCGUGGCCGCCAAGAGAUGGUGAUUGUAAUGUGGCGAUGGACCCAGCAGAAACAUUAGCCUGAUUCUGAGUGCCAUGAUGUCCUGAAGAUGAAACUUGUGAGGGAGAUGAAGUUUGACGGACGCAAGUGGCUGCAGCCCACCGAAUCGUGGUGCACGCCAGAGGCAGGGAAGUCACGGGCGGAUGUGCAGCUGGCAGCUAACGGUAGGAACAGGACGACAGCGAGCUGCUUUGCACGCUGCCCGCGAGCCUUCAACGCUAACACAUGCAAAGCCAGACGGAGCGCAACAAGGAGCAGGAGUAAAUCUGGCAGCACUGGAAACGGAGGCAGCAUCAGCUGCAUCAGUUCUGCCAAUAUUGGCAAUAAUAAUAUACCCAAUGUCACUGCUAUCUCCAGCAAUAACACCAGCACUCGCAGCAGCAGCAAUAACUCCAGCAGCAGCAGCAGCAGCAGCACUCGCAGCUGCAGCAAUAACUCCAGCAGCAAUAACUCCAGCAGCAAUAACUCCAGCAGCAUUACAUGUAAUACCAGAAGUAGCAGCAACAACGGCAACAGUACAUGUCAUGGCAGCCUCGGCAGAACGAGCAGUAGCGCCAUCAGCACCAGGAACAGCAGCAGCGACGUCCACAGCAUCAGCAGAGACGUCAGCUACACCAGGAGGAGAUUGGCUAGUAUUUGCCGUAACCACAGCGACAGCGGCAAGUAUUCCGCUGCCAGUACCAGUGUCAGUAAUCAGUGUGGCUUGCUCAGGCCCGUGUGGGGUGCUGCGUGGACAGGUUUGCAAGCAGCACGCGCACAUCAGCCGUCUCGCGCAUGCCUGCGUGGUCGUGCAACACCUCAGGGCACCCGCUGUGCCGACAGACUGACACUGCUCGUGCUGGUGUUGCACGGUGUUGCGUGUGCACACGGUCAAGCACGUUCCGAUGAGCAGGCGAUAACGACGCCCACUGGCGACCCGUUCCCCAGACCGAUAAAUAGAUAUGGAGAGGAUCAUAUGUUUGGCAUCAUGCUGGGUCUGAUCGUGGCCGUAGGUCUGCUGGUGGUGAUCGGCGUCGCUCUCUUCGCCCAGUGCUGCACCGAUGACGGGCGGCGACGCGAGCGCCAGCGACGACGCUGGGCGGCCGCCGUCGCCAGGGGCAACGGAGACGACGCGGAGAUGCCGCCGCCGCCCGAGUUCCACCUGGUGUCGCCGCGCAUGAGGCGCCGCUUUCGUCGAGCGCUGGUGCGCUGGCGACGACGACGACGACAGCGACGUCACUGGUGGCUGCCAGUGUCCGCGGGGCACUCCUUGCACGGCGAGAAUGGAGCACCCGGUGGUGCCGCGGGUGUUGACGGUAAUGCCGAUGAUGACAACUGCGAUGACUCCAGCAGCAUGGGUUCUUCCUUGUCGUCCGAUAGCGAUCAUGACGGUGGUGACUCCGCUGCCAUGGCGAGCGCUUCGGCCGUUUCCGCGCACGACCGCCGGCUGCUUGGCAGCUCACGCAUCCGCUCGCCCGCCGCACUGGCCGUGCCACCAGCGUAUUCCAGUAUGCGUGUUGCUACUGCCUCUAGUGAUGUGUUGAACACUUCUGCAGCACUACAGGAAGAGACGAGCUUCAGCUCGCCGGCAAGUGUUUCUCUCGGUGUCGCUGCAACAGCGCGUGCGGACUUAAGAGAUAGUGAGCUUGUGCGUCACGAUGCCAGAGCAGAGGCGGCGCCCGAUCCCGCUGCACCCGGUGGUGGCCGCCUGGAUCGGUUUUUCGACGGUGACCUCGGCGAUGAUGGCGCUCGGUCCCAGCGCCGCUCGAGUGCGUCAUCCGACGCGGCACCCUCGGCCAGCGAUGUUGUCAGGAUUCAGAGAUCACUGGGUGCGUGCAGAACGACUCGAGAUAGCUAGCAUUGUACUCACGAGCGUAUUCUUUUCCGUUAACCUCGUUAGCCCAUUGCGCAAUGACGUGAUCUGUACCGCAAACACUCCACACAGGCAACUGGGCAGGGUCGUCUGGGGUGUUGAACAGUGCAUCCCUGAUCGCAGCCUUCUCACGUCAUGCAUUCAUUACUCAAUACUCAUGCAUUCCGUAUUUGGCAAUAUGCAAUGGGCUUAUUGCACCACAAGUCACAUGAUGUUGGCCAUAGUCCUUGAAGUUUUGUCACGUGACGUUGGUCAUAGUUCUUGGCAUAUUCCGUAGCACUUGAAAUCUAUCAGAUGACGUAUUUCUAUUUCAUUCCACUCGGGCAGUUUGUCACGAAGUACAUGUAAUUCAAGACACAGUAAAUCCAUCAUCAUGACUUAAUUUGGACAAAUUGAAAUUCAUCACAAGUCAUGACAUAUUAAUUUAAUUUAUCUUAAUAGUUCAUAUAAUUAUACCACAUAAAGAAAUCAUUAUGAUCAUGACGUAAUUCAUAGCCCUUGAAAAUCA